UUUCCAACGGAGGGCAGAGAGGUUGCGUCAUGCCUCAACUUGUUGACAUUCUUUUGUUUACAGUGUUGAACCCGACCGCCUCUGGGUCUCAGACGAGGACACUGCUGCUACUUUUGCGGAGUGGGGUGGGACAUGAACUGUUAGGCCCGCUAUGCAAAACGGUCUUUUGGGCAUGAUGGUACUUUUUAAACGCGUAAUAACGGUUUGACGUUGGUUUACAUCCGCGUUUACAAAGUCAACACGUCGGUUCAUCGGCGCAUGCAGAGAUUGGUGGGUUGUUAGAUCGCUAAACGCUGAUAGCCAUUUAAACUGUAAACUUGUAAACUGAUUGCUUUGAUGUUCUCAGCUUCAUCUCUUUUUUUAAAACGUUUCAUGUAUGCAAACACCAACGUAUGUUCAAAUCGGAAUACAAAAUAUGACGAUGUCAUUUUCAACUUUCACCCUUCGAGCCUCCAUAUGGUACUUUUAUAAAAAAAUGUCAGCUAUUUUUUCACUUUUACUACGCAGUCGAAUGAAUGGGCUCUGGUACGCAUGCGCCAAAUAUUUUUCAAGUUUAUAAACAAGGCCUCCACGCAGCGGGUCACAUGACGAGUCACAGAGGUAUACUGUCGAUUGAGAGACAAAGGAUUUCCUCAAGGCUGCCUACCUAUUCCAUCUUAUUGUUGUCAAGCGUGACACAUUUUAAGAUUAUUACAUACUAUCCUGGGUAUUUACUUGAAAUAAUUUGACCAAUUACGGGAAUGAUUAAAGGUUUAAUCCACGGAUCCGCUUACUAUGUAUUAAUGAAACCUCAUUACUCUAAACAAAGCGCAUACCACCAUAUGUCUGCAAUUACAAAGGAUCUGUUUUCUGAUGUUGUCCCUUUUUUGUUUUGCAUAAAACCAGCUGAUGCGGCAACAGAAGCAGAGUCAUUAAACAUAAAAAGGAAAUAGCAGAACAUUGUGAAAAUGAACAAUUCUUUUGAUCUACUCAAGUGCAAUGAGGACCUGCCUUCCUCACCCGGGUGCCACAUGGAUUAUGAUGACAUGCCAGAGCUGCAGGAGGUGGAGGAGGACCAGAGGUCUCCAGGAUUGUUUCAGGUUGGAGCAGGAGUGUCUCACCAGGAGCUCCGCAGCUCGCCGAGCACCAACUGGCUCGCUGAGCUGGCCAACAUCGCCACCAGUCCUCAGAGCUCCCUGCUGAAGAGCGCCCCACAUAAGAGAUCAUCUCCAGUCCACAUCUUUGGCACCAGUAAUAGUUUACAUUCUUACGCCCGUCCCCCCUUAGCCAGUAGCGCACCCACCCAGUCCAGAGGCCACCUCAGGGUGCGCAGGCGUGUCAGGGCCAGCAGUGAAUCCGAGUCUGGAGUUUUCUCAAUGUCCUCAUCUUUUUCUGACGACGAAGACAUGGCCUGGUCUCACUCUUGGCCCUCCACAGCCUGGUAUUGCUUCCUUAAAGGAACUCGCCUGCGCUUCCAUCGAGGCCCUAAUGUGGAGUGGCAGGAUGCUGAUGAACUUGGAGAUUCUGACGAUGAGUCAGAAGAUGAAACCAUGAUGCCGUCCUCCUCCUCUCUUAUUAAGAGAUACGGUUCAGAGGGUCUGAAGUUGGUGAGCCACGAAGAGACUGUAUCUUUUGGCCAGGCGGUUCUUAAACUGACCUUUGACCCUGGCUCACCCGAUGACGGCUUCUUAACAGCCGAAUGCCGAUUGGAUCACCCAUUUUAUGUCAAAAAUAAAGGUUGGUCUUCCUUUUAUCCGAGCCUUACCGUGGUGCACCAUGGGAUCCCUUGCUAUGAGAUGCAGUUGGGAAACGUGUGCCUGCCACCGAGCCACCCAGAAGCCAUAAACUGUGAUGACUCUGUCGUCUUUGACACUUUCAGAAGUUAUGACUUCACCCCACUCGACUCCUCUGCGGUGUAUGUGCUCAGCAGCAUGGCCCGUCAACGUAAGACCUCCCUGUCCAGCGUCAGUCCAGACUGUGAUAAACUCGAGCGCUCCAGCUCCCCACAAUCCUCCACUGGCAAAUCAAACAGGAGCCUCAGCUCAGGGACAGCCACCGUUGCCACGCCUACAAAAUGCAAGCGGCCAAUGAAUGCCUUCAUGCUCUUCGCCAAGAAGUACAGGGUGGAGUACACGCAUAUGUAUCCUGGGAAAGACAACAGAGCCAUAAGUGUCAUCCUGGGUGACAAGUGGAAGAAGAUGAAGAAUGAGGAGAGGAGCCUGUACACCAUGGAGGCCAAAGCUCUGGCUGAGGAGCAGAAACGACUCAAUCCAGACUGCUGGAAGCGUAAAAGAACCAACUCCGGUUCCCAGCAGACCUAGAUGAUCUCCCAGAAAGCCCAGCUGUCGGUUGCUUUGACACGGAGAGGUGCUGGACAGAGUGUGAUGGACCGCUUGAUGCCUCUUUGCUCGCCUGUACUCUGGACUCGACUGUGAUGCUGACUUCGUUGCUUUUUGUAACCUCGAAAAACACUCGAGGCGACCAAGAAUUAUGAACUAUAAACAAAUCAUGUAAUCUAGUCACUAACAGUGCAUAUAUUUUCGUAUAUCUUUAAUUAUCAAAGACAUCUUAUUCCCCUGAAAUAAGAAUCAACCUCAUUAAUUUGCUUUCCUAUUCAAGGCGAGAGCACGUGGUGCUACGCCUCCGUCGAUGGAGGAGAACACGAUGUGUGUCGGUUUUAUUAUUGUAAAAAAGGGGGAAUUAUUAGCUAACUUUUUUCCACAACUGUUCAAAUGAUUUCUAUUUGUAAGAUUCAAUACGCUGCACAGAGUGGUAACCCUUUCAUACAUUUUGUAAUACAGUAUAUAAUCUGCAGGUGAACUAUUGCCAUGUUUUUAGAUGUUUGCUCGACCACCACCUGGCCAUACGACGAGAGGGCUUUCAGCAUGUGGUGGUGGGUUCAUACUCAGUCACAAAGCACUUCAGGCCUUUGCUUUAAAUGUGUGUUUGUUCUUCACUUUAUAUAAAUAUGUAAUCUAUACAGUUAUUGUAUACUGGUGGAAACCGUUUGUUUAAUACAGCUCGUAUCUUGACAGUUCGCUGUUUGACACGAUCAUGGCCCCAGUAGCUGUGCUCUGCUUUCAGGUUGCUCUUGAAUUUUAAGUGCUUUGUUCAUAAUGUACAGGUUUCACAGCCCCAACAACCUCUUGCACAAAAUAUCCUUGUAUCAUAUUAUAAAUAAUGUUUUUUUUUUUUUUUUAAACAGUAAAAGUGUUUGGUUCUUCUCAUACACUGUCAUCACAA